GUGGAUUUCUUCAUUUUGGUGGAAAUUAAGUGGAAUUUGCCAAAACAGCUAGAAGAGCAGUGUCAUUUAAGCUGCAUGCAAAUAGAUUUGUCAUUAAAAUUUUGUUGAAAAUUAGAAAAGGAAUUCUUUAGUUAGUAGGCCUAUUUGCAAUAGACAGAAAUUUUAAAGUAAUUUCGAGCGUUUUAUGAGUUUUUGUACACAUUUUUGCGCAAUAACACAUUAACAAAUAAAAGAUGAAGAAACUUUCAAAAACCGUUACUCAAACUAUUGAAAUUUAAACAACAUAUAAGGAAUGCAGCUGCCUUUUGUAUAAAAUGUAUCAAUCUAAUCAAUACUGAUUUAUCAUUAAAUCAGUUACUCUCUGUUUUCUUCCUUCAAAUUUUGAAAUCCAUCUAGAGACAAGUUUAAUCCCCGACGAAACAGAAAUGUCGCUGUUCUCAAAGUAGAACUUGUGGAAUAAACGACAAAAGUUGCAGCGUGUACAUGAAGUGAUUAUUUAUGUGCUUGAGUUUGCAAAGGAAGACAUUAACUAAAAUGUGGUUGUCUUGGCUUAUUUCAUUUCUAGUAAUAUCACGUGACGUUUUGACACAGACUCCACAUGUAUGUGUGGGGAUAAACGAAUGUAAGUGUAAAUUCCAGGAUGAUGACACUGUUAUAGAUAUCACUAGUCUUGGAAACACAGACGGUUCUCCCAGAUUUAAAGAUGUUUUGUCUAAAGAUGGAUACGAGUAUUCGUACAAUCCAUGUGGACCUUUCACCGAAUUCAGCUGUGGUAACGCAGCAGUAUGUCGCAGAGAUCGUGCAACGGGCAAGACUGAGAUGACCGGCUCGGCGGAAAUGCCCCAGUUCACGUAUGACGAACAAACCGGAGAUACCGUUAUAGGGUAUACUGCAGGAGCACUUGGAAAUGUUCAUACAUUUGUGUAUUUGAUGUGUGAUGACAGUCCACAUCCGGGGCCUCCACAGUUCUAUCCAAAUGGAACCAUGAGCGAAAACUUAUACAUUUUAACAGUGUAUACGGCAUGCGCAUGCGGGAACAGAUGCGAUGCCAAUGGUAUAAUUGGGCAAGAGGGUUCCACUUCCAGUCUUGGCAUCGGAUACAUCAUACUAAUUGGAGUUGUUUGUGUGGCUUUGCUGUAUUUUGUUGUUGGUGCGGCGAUAAUGAAAUUCUGUAAAAAGGCGACAGGAAAAGAAGUUAUUCCCAACAGUUCCUUCUGGUGUGGUCUCCCUGGCAACGUAAAGAGAGGAUGUACAGUAGUCUGCUGUAGAAGAAAUUAUGAAAAAAUGUGACAUCAGUUACAUGUGUGAUACAGAAAAUUUGCCUCCAACUGAAUCCUGGAAUAUAUAUAAUGUAAUCUAACAUGACCUGGUUGGGGAGUUGAAUAUUAGGAAUUUCACAAUCGACAUACCUUUAAGUGCAAAAUCAUCAUUUGAAACAUUUAGUUAUGCACCUGUCAAUAUUUUGCCCGCCCGGGGGAGCGGCGGGCAUACACGGGACUUUAGACAGAAGACCAUUCCCGACAGGCGGGAAUUUGACAAACAUUUGAUGUACCAACCAGGCUCUAGGGUAGGAUUUAGACAAAAAAGGUUGUCCCUAGGGUGGGGAUUUAGACAACAAAUUUUUUGAAAUGUCAAAUUCCCCCGGGUCGGCCCGCCGCCCCCCUGGGCGGGCAAAAUAUUGACAGGUGCAUUACACUCAUUUAUAACAGCGGUGCCAACACUGGAAACAAAACAAACUUGUUCUCGGCAAAAAGGUUUAAAUGAAUGACUAUAAUGUACUUGUAUUUCUACUGAACCGCCAGGAGAGAGCAAAAUAUUUAGACGACUGUAAAUGUUUUCAGACCAUUCCCUGUCUCCAUGACCGAGUGUUGCAACCAUUUUGAAGUCUUUAAUUAUAUUUUUUGCUUUCUAUACAAUAUUUUAAACUGCUUCUCUAUUUCUCAAUGUUAAAUUGUAAUGUAUACUGUGUGUAUUUGAUUUACUCCAUACGUCAUCAAGCAGCAUUACGUCACCAAAACUGAAAUGAGCAUGAUGAGCAUUAAUUGCGAAAUAAUACAUCAUAAACAAUGUUUUGUUGUCGACUGAAUAAUUGUUUGGAGUUUAGAUUCGAAGAAACUAUCUCACGAGGGUGCAGCUUGAGUGAUAUAAUAAAACACAUCUAAACAAAAAAACAAUGAUUUUUAUUCUAGAACAAAUCACUGUUGAUAUAUAUUUUUUCAAUUCUUAACAGCAUUCAAGAUUAUCAUUUAUCGCAUAG